AGGGAACCAUCGCCUGCUGCGUGCAUCACCACACGGUUAACGUGCCUCAAACUUGUAUUCGUAAUUGGAUUUUUAAUUAUCAACGUGAUCAUCUACCAAUGUGUGGUCCUCAAAUCGUUCCACAAGCACGAGAAGGCAAACUCAACCGACCUUGCACACGAGAAAGGCACACUGGAAACAUCUCCAACGUUCUUACUGAACAAAAGCUCAUCGAUUUACUCCGGGCCAGAUGCUAGUCUAGUACAAGAGAAGGCAUUUUUAAAAGAGCCGGUGAUAAACCCUCAUGAUUUUCACCACGUGAUCACGCCCAAAUUUAACUGCGCCGGUCAUUUCACUGAGCUGGUCAUAUGCGUUCCGAUAACUCGAUCCAAUUUCGCCGGAAGGGAGACCAUCCGCAAAACGUGGGGGAGUUACGCCAGCAACGCCAACAACGCCACCUUGAUCUUUUUUAUAGGAUCUGAACUCGACACGCGCAGUGAAACGCAGCGAAACAUCGUGGCUGAGGCGCAGCGUUUCGGAGAUAUCCUGCAAGAGAACUACAUCGACCAUUACAACAAUUUAAGCUUGAAAUCCGUUUCUAUUCUGAAAUGGGUGACUAAGAAAUGCCCGGAGGCUGUGUUUAUUCUGAAAGCUGACGACGACAUGUACGUUAAUGUUCCAUUACUAGUGCAGACCUUGCGGGGCCAGGCUGCUUCACCCGAGUCACCGCGUGCGUUCGUCAUGGGGAGCGUGCAGUGGGGCGCCCAGCCCAUGAGAAGCACCGGUUCUAAAUGGUACACACCGUAUGACGUGUUCAAAGAAGACACGUACCCGAACUACGUGUCCGGGACGGCCUACGCCAUGACGUCCCUGGCCUCGCGUCUGCUGUUCGAGGCGUCGCUACGGUUGCCGACAUUUUGGUUAGAGGAUAUCUACGUCACAGGCCUGUGCUCCAGAAAAGCCGGCGUGUCCGUUUUAAACAAUGACCUGUUUACUUAUAACACGCCGCUAGCCUCCGGGUGCACAUUCAGGAACCAAAUCUCUGGGCACCGAUAUUCACUGGAAGACAUUGCAUUCAUACACAAGGCUUUGUAUGACCCGGACACAGUUUGUGAAAGAGCCAGCGAUUGAAGAGUCCUUAAAGUUCUAUAUAAAUGUAACGGGAAAACUAAGUCAUGGGUGCUACUAAAACAUGACCUUUACUUAAACGUGACCUUUACUUAAACGUGACCUUUACUUAAACGUGACCUUUACU